AUGAAGAAGGGGAGUCAGGAAUAUCACCGCAGAAGAUGGACUCUGAAGUCUAUAAACCUGAGCGAGUUCCAAGAGAAAGGCCCAUUAGUUAUGCAAGCGAGAAUGAAAGGCAAAAUAAAACAUGCACUCGACGACGACAAGUCGUUUAGUUUGAAAGAGAUUCAAUUUCAUCCGCAAUACAACGAGAUCUGCAUUAUUGGAUCUGAUAUCGAACAACUUGAGGGUAUGUCACAGAUGUCUGUGCUCUCAGGAGAGAAGUCUGCAGAGGCUACAAAGAUUCCAAAGGGCGCCAGGAAAGGCGCUUACCCUACAAUGUCAACAGAGAUGAAGAGACAAGAAGCAGAAGCAGCAGCUAGAGAAGCUCAACGUGUGCGGGAAAAUGAACGCCGAAUAGCUGAGAGUGCCAUCCGUCGCCGUGCUCGAGAGCAUGCAGCAGCAGCAGCUGCUGCUGCUGCAGCCGCCGCUUCUGCAUCGCAAACACCGAGUGACAGAAGCAGGCAAGAAACUUCUAGCCCGAGCCCUGACGUACUCUCACAAAAAUCACAGAAAUCCAUUUCUAGAGGCUUGCCGGCCAUCGAUAAAACGCAGCAUAGUCAGAAAAGUGUUUCCAAGAGAGCGAGGAGUAGGCAUGACACACUGCAGAAACCUCCAGCUCCCCCUUACUAUCUGCCACGAUCUUCAUUAGAUGACCACAAAAGGGUGCGUGCUCCUGUAGCGCCAAGAAAAAGACCGUCUAAUGAUGGCAGACACCCUGACGCUCUUGGAGCAAGUAAAAUAAAGUCUAAUCCAUCAAGUUUGUCCCAACGCGCGACGGAUGACAGCCGGUCAGAGCAAAAGACGCCCUCCACAAAAUCUGAUGUUCCCUCCACACAUUCUACAAAGUCUGAAGCGAGACUGGGAUCCGGUCCGCCUUCUACUAAAUCUGAAGUGAAGCUGGAUUCUGGUCCACCUUCCAAAUCUGAAGUGAAGCAGCGGUCUGAUCAACGUACACGACGAGGUCGACAGGAGAAGUUCUGA